AUGGCAUUCACAGGAACCUUGGAUAAAUGCAAGGCUUGCGACAAGACGGUCUAUUUUGUUGAUUUGUUGUCUGCUGAUGGAGCAACUUUUCAUAAAUCCUGCUUUAAAUGCAGCCACUGCAAAGGGACUCUUGUGAUGAGCAACUACUCCUCGAUGGAUGGAGUCCUUUACUGCAAGCCUCAUUUUGAACAACUCUUCAAGGAAUCUGGAAAUUUUAGCAAAAAUUUUCAUACUGGAAAGCAUGAGAGGGAAAAUUCCUUGACAAGGGCCCCUAGCAAACUCUCUGCCUUGUUCUCUGGAACCCAAGACAAAUGUGCUGCCUGCAGCAAAACCGUCUAUCCUCUAGAGAAGGUGACAAUGGAAGGAGAAUCGUACCAUAAAUCAUGCUUCAAAUGUGCUCAUGGAGGCUGCCCACUCACGCAUUCAUCAUACGCUGCUCUUGAUGGGAUUCUCUACUGCAAGCACCAUUUUGCUCAGCUGUUCAUGGAGAAGGGCAACUAUCAGCACGUACUCAAGGCUGCAACCCACAAGAAAAGUGCAGUUGCACCAGUUGAUCCAGAGGCAGGGGAGGAAGCAAAGGAGGAGGGGGCAGAGGCCCAAACCGCAGAAGCUGAGCAGACGCAAGAGCAAUCCUGA